AUGUCGUUCUCAGACACGGCUCUUGCCGCUCCCCUACCCACAACAGAGGCAGCCGCUACAACAAAGCAGUCUGAUCUGGUAUCAAACAUUCCAGCCCCGUCCCCACGUCUUGCCCAGCUCGACAUUGUUGCAGCCUCUGCAUCUUCGCCUUCCAAUGAUAUGUCGCCAGCGCAUCCCGCAACAGAUUCGAGCCGUCACUCCACCCCGGCCACAUCGGCGGCAGGUUCCGACCACGCUCAGUCCACAUCACAGCAACCCAACGAGCUUGCUUCAACAAUAGCAUCUAAGCUAGCUCCUCAGCCCACAACAACCCAGCCAACCAUACCGAACAUGCCUGCACCGCAAAGUCUACCCGAGCCAACAACUUCUCCACCAUCUUCACUGCAGCAGGCACAGGAGCAGCAACAGUCGCAAGAGCAGCAUCAACAGUCGCAAGAGCAGCAACAGUCGCAAGAUCAGCCUCAAGAGUCACGUCAGGAGGCCAAGCAGCUUGAAGAGCAUCCUCUUGCUUCGAUCCACCCUGCCUACUUCUACCCCACCGAUGCUUCUGCUUCUUCUUCUCACGAUGGCAUCCCUGUCUUCGAGCCCACCAUGCAGCAGUUCCAAGAUUUCUACGCUUUCUGCCAGGCUAUCGAUAGCUGGGGCAUGCAGUCCGGCAUUGUCAAGGUAGUCCCACCCAAGGAAUGGCGCGACGCCCUUCCCGACCUUCGACCCGAGCUCAACAGGCCUCCUCCUCGCCCAUCUGCAUCCGACGAGGAGCAGCAGGCAGAAGAGCUCGCCGACCUCUCCAAGGUUCGCAUUCGCAAUGCCAUCGUCCAGCACUUUACUCCUGCAGGCUCCGGUGUCUGGCGUCAGACCAAUAUCACCCGUACAGCAAAGAUCUGGAAUGCCAAGCAGUGGGCGGACGCAUGUCUCUCUGACGGUCAAAAGGGUCCUGAGAUGGAUCGCAUGAAGUGGAAGGUCGAAGUUGAAGGCCUAUCCAACGGCGGUUGGGGGCCCAAGAACAUUGGCAUCAAGGACAGCGCCACCUCUUUUAUCCUCGAAGAAGACGGUGUUCGAACGAGAAGUGGCAAAGCCCGUCCGUCAGAGCCAAAGCCAUCUCUCAAGCGCAAGCCUGCUGACGGAGAGGAAGCCACUUCAACUCAACAGACGCAAGAUGACCAGCAAAGCAACCAGGAUGCAGAAGCCUUUACGUCUCCUCCUCCAUCUGCCACUUUGCCCUCUUCACCUGAACGUCGCUCACAACGACUCGUCCAAAACAGUCCACAGGCUACUCCUUCUGCCUCCUCUCGAGAUGCAUGGCCCGUCAAGAAAAAGAACUGGGAGGCAGAGGCUACCACACCGGACGAAUGGCGCGCUUUCGACUACCAGAACUGUUGGCGCAAGGAAGCGCUCUCGAGCGAGCAACUCAGUGCGCUGAACAGCAACCAGCAGACCGCAUCAACCAGCAAGGCCAACGGCUCUGCCGAAUUCUCCUCCUCAACAACUACAACACCACAAGACAAAGAUGCAUCAGCCACACCACCUACGCUUCCCUCGCCUUCCGACUGGACUCCGGAAAUAUGCAGAGAGAUCGAGAGCGAGUAUUGGCGCAGUCUCAACUUUGGUAAGCCUCCAAUGUACGGUGCCGACCUCAAGGGCACUCUCUUUGACGAUCGCACCAAGCACUGGAAUGUAGGCAAGCUCGACAAUCUGCUCAACCGUCUUCGUCUCAAGCGCAAGCUGCCCGGUGUCAACACUCCCUAUCUCUACUGGGGCAUGUGGCGAGCCACCUUCGCAUGGCACGUGGAGGAUAUGGAUCUCUACUCGAUCAACUACAUCCACUUUGGUGCACCAAAGCAGUGGUAUGCUAUUCGACAAGCCGAUCGACAGCGAUUCGAGUCGGCAAUGGCCGGUGCUUUCCCCUCGGAUUCACGUCGCUGCCCUCACUUCAUGCGUCACAAGUCCUACCUCGCUUCUCCUUCCUUCCUUGCAUCGCACGGUAUCCGACCGCUCAAACUCGUCCACAAUGCCGGCGAGUUUGUCAUUACCUAUCCUUAUGGCUACCACUCUGGCUUCAACCUUGGCUACAACUGUGCCGAGAGUGUUAACUUUGCCCUCGAGUCGUGGCUCGAUAUCGGUCGCAAAGCCAACUACUGCCACUGUGAUCAGUCGCAAAACAGCGUUCGCAUCGACGUCGAUGCCAUGCUGGACGAGAGCAAGGAGAUGGAGGAGCUCGACCGUAAGCGAGAGUUGCGGCGUGCUAAGGAAGACCCCACCGUUCGCGCUCUCGAAGAGGAAGAACUCGAGAAGCGCAGAAUCAAGAACGAAAAGGCCAAGGAGCGAAGGAGGCUCAAGAAGGGAGCUGAGGAGGCUCCAGCUGGUCUCGCCCUUCCUCUGCCCUUUCAAGGAGGCGAGGACUUCUACGUCGAUCCAAAGGAAUCCGCUUUUAGUCCAUGCGUGUUCUGUCCAGCCAAUGUCCACACCGACUUGGUGUCUACGCCUGCCGACAUUCCUUCCACCAACCCCAAACUCAAGGCUAUGGCCGGACGACACGCGCAUCGACUAUGCGCUAGUUUUGUUCCCGAGACGUGGGUGGGCAAGCAAGGCAAGGCAGAUGUCGUUUGCGGUAUCGAGGGUAUCGACAAGGCUCGCUUCUCGCUCAAGUGCCAAAUCUGCUCCAACACCAAUCUGCAGAAGCUGUACCCCAAGAUUCAAUGCACACGUGGCAAGUGCCCGCGCUCAGCCCACGUCAGUUGUGCGCUGGUCGAAGACAACGGCUGGUUCGUUGAUGUUGUUGCUGGAGAGACAGCCGAUCGUCUCGAAAGCAAGAAGGAAGUACCCGCUGCCAAGGUUCAUCAGACGGACGGAUUGGAAGAUGGUGAACGUCUUGUGGUGCUCUGCAAGACGCAUAACCCCCUCUUCCGCGAGGCUGAAGAGGCUCGCAAGGCUGAAGCACUGCGUGAACGUAUCUACGCUUUGCCUUGCCCCGGGAUGGUCAAGAUCAGGACUUCAGGUGGCAUGUUCCAGGCGCUCAUGGUGGAAGUGCGUGAAGAUGAGGACGAGAUCAUUAUCGAGGACGAGGGUCGUCCGAGUGCAGUCAAGUUCCAGCAGAUCAUCUUGGAUUCGCCAUCUGAGACUCCACCUGUCAAAGAGGAGUCCAUCACCAACAAUGGCGAUGCUACAGCAACUGCGCCGCCAGCCGAGAAGGGUGAUGCCGAUGCCCCUCCGGUGAAGCGCAGAAGGAAGCAAAGCGAAAAGGCCAGUGCAGCUGCAAAGGCUGCAAGCGAAGAAGCAGUCGAGGCUGCCAUUCUUGCCGAAGCGAAUGCUGCAGCUCAAGCUGAGGCCAUCCAGCGCCCUCGCAAGUCACGAGCAAAAGUGGCGGCAGCAGUAUCGCAAGCAGAUGCUGAAGCACAGGCAAUGUUGGAGGCUGCAGAAUCGCUCAGCUCUGUUGCAGGCAAGAAGGGCAAGAAGGAUGAGAAGGCGGAAGCGGGUGCAGCUGAGCUGAAGCCCAAGCCAAAGCGACAGCCAAAGAAGAAGGCACAAGCUGGUCAGCCAGCGAACGGUGAUGUAGUGGCGGCACCCGCGCCUUUCGAUGCUCAGCAGCAGCCGCAGCUCGGUUCGGAAGUAGCAUGGCCUGGCCAUCCCAUGCAGCAAGCAGGGAUGCAGGCUCCGCAGCCGCAGCUUCCACAACCACCCAAGCGUGGUCCUCGUGCAACCUAUGCCGCUCAGCCACCGAACGCCCAGCAGCAGCAGCAAUACCCAGAGCAACACCCUCACUACAAGUACACGCAACACCUGCAGCAGCAGCAGCAGCAGCAGCAGCAACACCAGCAGCAGCACCACCACCACCACCAGCAACCUCACCCGCAAUAUGGCAUGGACUAUGGACAGAUGCAUCGCAACCAGCAAGAUCCUCCAUCGUCGGGCGAGUACGGGCAGUACCCUAACCAGUACGCGCCUGGUCAUCCCCUCCCCUACUCCUCCAGUGGUAGAGAAUACGACCCUGAAGCAGCCGAACAUCACUCCCUCGCAUCUCGCUAUGCGCAGUCCAGCGUCCCUGCCGCUUCCCCCAGCCACAAUCAUCCACGACCAGCACCUUACCCUUCGCAGUACCAGCAGCAUCCAGCCUACCCACCCCAGCAGCCGCACGUAGACUCGUCAAAGUCGGCUGCUAGCGACUCGGUUUCCCCUGUACCCGCAUCUAUGCACCCUUCAGCCGCGCAGUACGGUUAUAUUUCAGCCCCUCCGCAAGGAUAUCAUAACCGAACACCAUUACUUCCGACAUAUGCAAAACCGUUGUCGCAACAACCGCAACACGCACCACAAAUGUCGCAAGGUGGGUUCGCGAACGAGAUGUACGGCUACCCGGAUUAUAGAGGACCGUACAAUUAUUCUGCUCCGAUGCAGAGUCAUCCUGGUUAUAGGGGUUAUGGGGGUUAUGGAGGUCAGCUGGGGCAGGGGCAGGGGCAGGGGCAGGGUGGUGGUGGCGGAGGAGGAGGAGGGCAGUAUGGGUAUUCUGCGGGAGAUAGGGCUGGGUAUCACCCUCAACAACAGCAGCACAGUGCAAAUGGGAUGGGGAGCGGAGCAAGGAAGUUUGUUGAUGAAGCAGGUGUAGCCGGGGGCCAGCCGCAGCCGCAGCACGCGUACUAUCAGCACCAGCAGCACCAGCAGCACCACGCGCAACAGCUGCAGCAGCAAAAUGGGCAGCCGGGCUACGCUGGCGGACACUAG